GGAACCGGAGCCGGAGCUGGGGGUUCGCUCGCCCCUGGACACUGACACUCCGCGACACUGCGCUAACGGAGCCUCAACACCAGAGCGGGAGAGCCAGCGGCACUGCCGCCGGAUCCACCUGAAGGAAAAGAGACUGCGGCCGCUGAGCAUUCACGGCGAGAGGAGGGUCAGGACAAGGUGUGUGUGUGUGCAAACCAACUGGAGAGAAUCUCAAUCUACAACUGAACCGAGUCAGAGACUCAGCUCACCAGGACAACCUCAAUCUGAAGUCUGAAUUUUACCUUUAAUUCUACUUUUGAUUCUAGUUCCAAUUCUCAUCUCUUAUCCACCACCUUUUAAUCCUCAUGUCAUUAUAAUCCCAGACCUGUCUCCAAUUCUAUUCCAAUCCCAAACCUAAUCUCAAUCCUAAUCCCAACUCCUCCAGCAAUCCUAGUACAAAUGUUCAUUUUAAUCUCAAUUCUUGAAGUAUCCACACUUAACCCUAACUCAUCUCUGUCUAAUCCUAAUUUCCAGCCCUGACUCACCCACUUCGGAUCGCCUGGUGCCCCAUGGCAACUAAUAUUGUGCUGGAGUGGCUGAAGAGCUUAAAAUUGUCCCAGUAUGGUGAGUCCUUCAUGGACAAUGGUUAUGAUGACCUGGAGGUUUGUAAGCAGAUUGGGGAGCCUGACCUGGAUGCCAUUGGGGUUGAGGUUCCCGGGCACCGGAAACUCAUCAAGGCAGCUGUGGCACGACUCCGUGAGGAAGGGGAAACUGGCACUGUUGUUUAUUUCACUUUGGAACCACGAGCUGUACCCCUUUGUCAGCCUUACAUCUACCCCAGCCUGAAGGAAUACAGACCCAGAAUGAGGACUGUGUUGUGGAGGCGACCACAGAAAACCAGUAGGAAAGUGCUGAACGACAUGACAUCCAGCAGGCGAGCAGGCCUCAAGAAAAGGGUGAUUUACUCCAAGUUCAUACUGAAGAUCAAGAAUAAACAACAAGGCAGCAAACACCCUUAUGUUAAUAAUAAGGAUGGAUCACUGGGAAACAUUGAUGACCUGGCUCAGCAGUGCACUGAAUACUACAACACCUGCCUCAGUGAGGUGCCAGAGCAGAUGGAAGAGCUGUGCACACAGAGAAUCUUGGAGAAUCUUGAUCUGGAAAGCUCUGUUGCCAAUUCACCAUCACCACAGCUGCUGCCCGAAUCUUCAGAAUCACGUGCCUUGGGGAGUGCGGUGUCAACACCAGAGAGCGAGAGAGAACAUUUGAUUUGCAAGUCAAGCUCGGAGGAUGGGUCAGUUGGAAGUAGUGACUGCAAAAAGAAAAAUAAAUCCUUUUGGCAGGGAUUUCGAAAAACACAGAAAGGGAAUGCAGUGCGGGAACUGUGCAAAGGCGAUGAUGUUGGAUUUGUGGCCAGUGAGAUUACCAUGAGUGAUGAGGAUCGCAUCGAACUGAUGAUGAUGGUCAAAGAAAAGAUGAUAACGAUAGAGGAGGCACUUGUUAAGCUCAAAGAAUAUGAAUGCCACAGCAGGCUGUCCCUGAGCAUGGAUUCAACUCAAUCAGCAGGUGGCGCACAUGAGCCAUGGGACGAGUCGUCUGAUGGUGGUAUAUGGGAGCAGCUAGAUGAUGAUGUCCAGGAGGUGAAGUUCAAGAGGUUCCACAAGUUAGUUUCUUCAAAGCGCAGAUCAAAAAAGAAACUGAUGAAAGUGGAUGAACUGAAGACUUCAUCUACUGGAGAAAACACUUGCGAUGGGACAUGUGACAAACAGUUGGACCCAAUACACGAUGAAAGAUCGGUGAAUCACAUGGGGUCGAAGGCCAUCAGAAAGCAGCUGUACUCGAACAAGACACUGCAGAAACAGUCUGUGGAAGAUCCUGCACCUUUGGCUGUUUGCCGAUCUCCAUCUUCCAGCAGCCUGGAAGGGCGGCUGGGGAAGAGGUUUGUCAAACCUUUUCACACGACCGCUGAACCCAGCACUACAAGGCCCCCGAAGAAAUCAGGAAAAACGUCCUCUGAUUCAGAGUGUGGAGAAGACAAGUUACACAAGGUAUCCCGCUCACUGACUGACAGUGAGGUGGGUAAGGGAGUAACUGUUCAGGAUCAAGGGAACAUUGGUAAAGAAGAGGUCAGCAAUGAGAAAAUGAACACAGCAAAAUCCCCCACAAAUUCACGGAAAUCACUGAGCAGGAAAGUCAAGUCGGUGAAAGAGACGGUGAGGAGAAAGAUUACAAAGACGUACAGUGGUACUGCUCCCCCCCACUUGCCUUCUGAAGGAGUGAUGUCCACUGCUCAGAUUGAAGAUUCAACAGAUAAGUCUAUCCAACCAGACAGGCCCAAGCUGACUGGCGGUGGCUCAGUAGAGAGUCUGCGGAGCUCCUUGAGUGGGCAGAGUUCAAUGAGUGGUCAGACAGUGAGUACCACAGAUUCAUCAGCCAGUAACAGAGAGAGUGUGAAAUCAGAAGAUGGUGAGGAUGAAGAAUCUGCUUACCAGGGACCGUUCUGUGGUCGAGCUCGGGUCCACACUGAUUUUAUUCCAAGUCCGUACGAUACGGAUUCACUGAAACUUAAGAAAGGAGAUAUUAUCGAUAUAAUUAGCAAACCACCAGGAGGAACCUGGAUGGGUCUGUUGAAUAAUAAGGUUGGGACAUUCAAAUUUAUCUACGUGGAUAUUGUGAAUAAUGAAGUGGAGAAACCAAAAAGGCCAAAGAGACGGCGACGGGGAACCAAACACCCAAAACCCCAAAAUGUUCAGGAUCUCCUUCAACGCAUUGGCCUACAGCAACAUAUGCCAACUCUACUACUGAAUGGAUACGAGGACUUGGACACAUUGAAGCUGUUGCAAGAAGAGGACCUGGAUGAACUGAAUAUUCUGGAACCACAGCACAGAUCUCAGCUGCUGACAGCUGUUGAUUUCCUGCACGAAAUUGACAGCAACAGUGACAAAGAUCCAGCUGGGGAAUGUGCCAAUCAGGAAAUUUUACCCCACUUUUCUCUUAAGCACACUGGUCCAGAACUGCAAAGACAGCUUCCUUGGGAUUCAGGUUGCUUUGAGGAGAGUGGAUACCCAGAGAAUGGAAAAAGCAGAAGGUCCUGGCCAUUAGUGUCCACAGGGUCAUCGGGAAACCUUGGAUUACGGUUUAAGUGUCCAACAAGCUACACAACAAUUCAUCUUGCAAAAUCUAUUGAGAAUUUACACUUUGAAAGAGGUAAAGGGAGGCGCAUUACUAAGCCUCAGGUCUCAAGUAGUUCUCUAAAGUCAAACCAUGGACAUUUUGGUUCCCAUGGCCAUUCAAUGCCCCGCAAAAGGACAAGUUGCCAAAGGUUGUGGGUCAGUGUAAGUUAUGAGGACUUGGCACACUCCCGUGUCAUUCAAAAGCAGUGGCAAAAAUCCCACUCUUCAGAUGAGUUGCACAGUAAGACUGGUGCUCUGUCAAACACAGUCCCAGAAACGGGAACAGAUAUUGCUCUGCCUCGGCAAAGGAAGUUUGCCACAGAAGCAGAAAUCAAGAAAAUUUCUUGUAUGAAGCAUCUCAGCUUUGGUGUAAGGGAUCUCAGCAAACCAAAUCCAGUUCCUUUUGUAAAUGCAAAGAACUGCAACACAGAGAUCAAUACUAGUGGCCCUCAAAUUAUGCAAAAGGAGGACCUGAUCUCAACCCCACUUUUGUGUUCAGAAGAGAAGACCAUCCCAACUCCAGUUGUACUGUGUGACCUACCGAAUCAACCUACAAUACUCCCACCUCCAAGCAUUCAGCAAAACCAUCAUUUUACAGAAGGGUAUCAAGAUAGUUCUGUGAUCUGUAAUUCAACAGAAAGCAAGGAACCUUCGGCUGAAACCAGCAGACAUUUCAGAGAUCCUUCCCAGCCACCACCUGUACCUGCCAAGAAAUGCAGAGAGAAAAUGCGGAAUGGCAUCCAUCCUGUGCCUCAUAUUUUGAACAAGUCAAACCCAGCCAUUGCCAAUAGGUAUGGACUGCCCACUAACUUGCAAGUUCCAUGUCCCACUGCAGAAAUGGUCAACUCAACUGCAGCUACUCAUGCCCCUUGUUUGCCAGAGACUGCCUGUUCACCACAGCUGGGACUUAAAACAUUUACUGUACCUGGAAGAAAGGCAUCUUGGAUGAGAGAAGUGGAAUUGGAAAUGCUAAUUGAAAAUAAACUGGAAUCCGAAGCAAUUGAUCUUACAGAGCAACCCUACUCUGACAAGCAUGGCCGAUGUGGGAUUCCGACAGUGCUGGUACAGAGGUAUGCAGAAGAGCUAGGACAUGCUGCAGAGCAUGUGGCUGCCACUAUGGAGCUCGUGAGAGUUAGACAGCUCCGCAAGCAACACCGAAUGGCGAUUCCAAGCUCUUUUGAUAAGAUGAGCAGAAAUACUACAGCCCUAGAAAUAUCUAAUGAGUCUUCAAGGAGCUGAUCUUCAUAGGACUGCCGUGUGGAUCAUUACAUCCCCAGCGCCUCAGGCAGCACUCUGCAUCGGUUAAAGGAGUGAUUUACGGACAGCUUUCCAUCAUUGGAAUCGAAGGCCCAGCAUGCCAUGAGAGUAGCUGUUACAUGCAUUGUGUGUCCUUCAUUAUUUCAUCUGUUUCUAUGACAAACUUUACACUGCAGAAGCUGUUAAUAAAGCAAUGCUACAAUAUUCAAAAGGUAGCUGAAGGAAACAGAGUGGAGUUAAAAGGCUGACUAUAAACUUGUUCAUGGUAUGUAGGUAGUUCUCUUAGCUGGCCAUUAUGGCUCCUGGGAAAACCAGGUUUCUGCCAACUUUAUGGCACUGAGGAAACUGUCAGCAUUUAGCUCAGACUGAAUCGCAUUAAAUUCAAGAUUCAAGAAAUUAGACACUGCAGUUUCAAAUAAUAAAUUACAGUUUUUAGCCCUGUGCCCAGAUUGUACAAAACACUGUCACUGAACUGCAGAUGAGGUCCAUUCUAGACUCAUACUCAGUGUAUGAAGGUCUCUUUCUUUGUCUAUUCUUGACCUAUGUCCUGUGUGAAAACCCCUCUCACUCCCUAGAUUAUUAUCUGACAAUACUUGCUUUGCUGCACACAAUAAACAUUACAAAUUCAAAGUAUCUUAGAAGUGAAAAUGUGUCAUAACUCUGAAGCUAAAAAAUAUACCCAUUUAAUGUUUUGUGAUGAUCCCAGGUUGUUGGGUGCUGUUGUCAGUUUUGGGCCUGUCUGUUUCAUGUCACCACUCCAUUGUAUGUUGCCUUAUGAUUGCAGUGAAACGUGGAUCUCUGGGGUUAUCCAGAAGCAAUUCUUUACAUUCUGAUAUAUUCAUGUAUAUUUGAGAUCGAGGAAAUGUUCACCUUGUAGAAUUAUAGAAACUACAGUACAGCAGCUGCCCAUCUACCCUCAUAACAACUGUAACAGAUGUUAAACUGGAGCUCUGUGCUGCAGUUCUGUUCUCCAACACAUUGCCCAUUAUCCUUGAUCACAAUUGACAAGAAUCCUGCUCUGGCUAAAGAAUUCUUUUCUUCUGUGUCCUUGGCUCCAGCAUCAAUUUCCUUCAAUUAUAACGGGUUGGAAUGUGUUCUGUUAGGCCUUUCAAAGGCACAAGAGAAUGUAAUUCCCAUGUGGUCAGCAGAAACUCUUCAGACAUGUGUUGACUGUAGCCCCACCUCCCACCAUGAAGGGGGCUUGGUGCCUUCACUGACCAGAAUCUCCUCUGCAUAUUACACAUUCCAGCAGGAGUGGGCUUUGUCCCAACUCCCAGUAUCUUCCCUCUACCCAGAGAUCCACAUACCCACCACACCACUUGUACCAGAUACCAUAAUUUCAGAUCCCAAGUAUUUAACUAAUGUAAUAACACAGUCCUAUUGCUUGAUGUUCUAUAUAACUAACUCAAAUUCUUUGAUUAUUACAUUAUAUUUCCCCACCUAGCAUUAUAAUGAUACUGGAAGCUUUAUCGUGUCAAUUGCAGUGUAUUUUAAUAUAAGCUUCUGAUUCUCCUUUUGGCUUUGAUGUUAAUUAAAAACUGGAUCAUGUGUCUUGAACAUCUGGUCAAAAUGUAAGACUCAUCGUAAAUGUUGAUAGCAAAUUGAAAAUAUUGAAAAGCAGCACAAAAUUAAACUGAUGCACUUUGUGUAUUUGAGAAUAUUUAAGUAACUUAUUAUAUGUUUCCUUAACAAUGUAAGUAACUAUAACAUACUGGUAGCAAAACAUGCUUAUAAAGUGUAGUCAAUCAAAGGUAUGCCUUAUUAAUGUGAGGUAUGUAUGUGUAAAUAUUCCUAUCUGUUCCAUUUAGCAGAAUAAUAUUGAAAUGUUUUUCAAUAAAGUAACAUUUGGAUGAAUUUCUGAAUUUUCCUGAAAAACGAGAAGU